AUGACAUUGGGACCCCAUGUCGAGAAACUCUUGCAGUGGAUAGAUAAAGCGACUGCACACGGUAUCAUACCACAAUUCCAAGGCCACCAGAGCAAUCUACGACCAGAUAUCUUGCUCCCAGUCACAGACCAUGAAAUCCCGGAAUUUCGCGUCUGUGAAAUCAACGACCGGUUACCCAUCAGUUUUCUCCACUAUGUUGCAACGGCCUACGAGGCACUAAGCGGCAGCACAUGGAAUACGCCCUUGAUCGAACCUGCCACGAAGUACAAUGUACUCCUAGAAAGCCUGUUUGACUUGUUUGACCCGGAUGGCCCGGUUCACUUUGCCAAAGGUUUUCCUUCUAAUAACCCUCUGUUUGGCUUUAUUGAAGAGCGAACCGGGAGGAGGCCGAGAACCGUCAGGCUAGGAGAUCUCCGUAUAGUGCACAGUCCCACGAUCAAAACUCCACCGGGUUCCAAUCUCGAGGUAGAUGGUGAGAUGCUAGAGCCAGUGCACCAGGUGGGUCUGCAGCUCUACGAUUUUGAGCUCUUCUCUCUAUCCCGUGAGAUGUGCGACACAUUGCCGCGUGCUGCAGGAAUAACCCCCGGAAUCAAAGACCAGUAUAUCCUCAAACCCACCGGGGAUGCUCGCGGAGCCGGCAUCCUGCUAGGAAGAAACAUUUCCAUUGAGCAAUGGCAGUCGACGCUAACCUCUCUCGACAGCCAAGACAUUUAUUCGGCAGCAACCCAGUAUAUGCUGCAGCCCCUGCUGGAUUUACGGUCGUUUGAAUGGUUCUGGGAUGAAGAGCGCCAAGUCCGCAAGAGUUGCAGCGUAGGCACAUACUAUUCUGUGAAAGGACGUUUUGUAGGAUUGGGAAUGUGGAGAACAGGGGCAGUCUCGGAGGAUGUGAUUUCUGCUUCUACGAAGGAUGCGACGUCUGCUUUAGCCAUGGUUGCUCUUACUAGUUAA